AUGUCCCCCUCCAUCGCAACAACAGCUACAACCGCCCUCGUCUGGACAAUCCUCACGGGCCUCGCAACCAGCGAGAUAACCUACCCAGCAGCCGUCUCAAUCUCCCUCCUCUUCCCCGCAAACAAAACCUAUAACACCAACGCGACGCUCGGCUCCCCACCGGCAAUCCUCGCAAUCCACAACGCCGAGCUCGCUUACCGCCAUGAAUUUAACAUCAUUUGGCGCAUUGUCAAUGCCGACAGUGAGCCCUAUGAGUGGCAGACGCUCCAGACCCGGACGCAGAACAAAGCGCGCGGCCUCGCAGAGUCCGAUCUCACCACAAACACCUUCCAGUACCACGCCAACGGGCUCGCCAUCGUACCACUGCAGGAUCCCAUUCGGACAGAGGCACGCGCGGGCAGCUAUCGCGUCGAGUGGGACUAUGCGACGACAGCGUGUAUCCCCGAGGGCGAGAGCUCGGUGUAUUCAUCCACGCGCCAGCCGAUUGCGUCCGGGGCGCACUGGUUCGAGCUUGUGGAUGACGGGUCCGGGGAAGAAUUUGGCAUCGACGUCGAAGAGUGUCCUGGGUAUGGGUCGUCGUGGACACUGGAGGAUAGCACGGAUUGUCCCGCUGAAGGGACGGAGGUUGGGGACCGGGACCGGGAGGCGUGUGCGUCGCGGCUGCAGAGUGGGGAGCAGGUACAGUGUAUCUGGGAUUAUCUAAGGACUGGAGAGAACGAGACGGAGCUGUGUCUCGGGGCGUUUGAUAGAGUGGAUGCGGAUUGGCCGAUGUAUUACACGCCGGGGAGCGGUGCUUCUGCAGAUGAUGAGGGUGACGAUGAUGAUGAUAGCGAACAAGACGGCGGAGAUGAGGAGGACGACACUAGUACUGGCGACUCUACAGAUGGCCCCCGAGAUCUUGCGCCUUCACAUCGGCCGGCUCUGGCUGGGCUGCUUGUUGCGGUGUUUGCGGCGGUGGUUAUGGCCUUGUGAAAUCUUGGAUACCCGGUUUGGUUUGGCUUGCUCGCUUUUCGUCGUUUCAUUGUGAUAACCCCGGCAAUUGCCAUAUCCGAUUCUUGGUUUCACCAUUAUACCAAAGCUUCUCAGCCCAAAAUACCAAAAUCACGUACUGCUGGAUGGAUCUCAUGCUCAGGUUGUCUCCACUACCUCUAGCUCGAGUCUCACGCUUAAAGUCAAGUAUUGGUUCAUUGAAUUGAACUCAAAACGCAAGAAGCCACAAGAAGGGCUUUGUUGGGAAUAGGUUGCCCAAAUUAGGUUAAUUUGAAAAGCCGAGAGUGCAGGUCGAGCAUCCUCUCACCAGGUUACUCUAAUUUCCGUCACUCGAAAGCUGAAGAAUCGUGUCUUCAAUAUCUCUUCAUGAAUACGCACCGGGAUGAGGUGCAUCAGGUAGUCAUAGUAAACCCGUUUCCUGAAUGGCGAACCCUCCUUGCACUCCACAUGUGCUAGGUAGUGUCCGCACUUCACUCGACAGCCCCCUAUGAAUUACCGUCUGGGGACAAGGCACAUCUGGCGACCAGGAGCGGGCUAAGAGCUGAUUCGAGGAAAAAAAUAUGAUUCUGACAUGCUCAAACCGAGCUUGCUUGGCAGUG